ACAGAUAAUAGACCUUCUCUCCCACACCCUUUAAAAUUCUCUCCUCUCGCCCUCCUCUUCGUUCUUGCUCUCAUCUCUCUCUUUGUGUCUGUAAUCCUUAUUCGUUCGUGUUAGAUUUGAUUUUAUGGACAAAGGAUGGGGUCUAACCCUUGAAUCCGACUCCCUCGGCUUCUUCCUCAACAAACCUCCUCCUGGUGCUGCCGCCCCUCCUCCUCUGAACAAGAGAACCAAUCUGUUUGGUGAUAGGAUGUUUUCCGGUAUUGAAUUCCCGGUUAAGACGAGACCGGCCGAUGAGAACCGCACGGCCGAGGUCGACUUCUUCUCUGACAAGAAGAACAAGAGUGAUGAUGAUCAUGGGUUGAAAUCCAACAACACGAGUGUCAGUGUCAAGAAGGAGAACUGGUCUGGUUUGGAUGCUGUAAACACCGGCCUGCACCUUGUUACUGCAAACGCUGGAAGUGAUCAAUCGACGGUGGAUGAUGGGGUGUCAUCUGAUCCGGCGGAUAGUAAAAGAGCAAAGAAUCAUGAGCUGGCACUGUUACAAGUUGAGCUCCAACGUAUGAAUGCUGAGAAUCAGAGACUGAAGGAAAUGCUUGGUCAAGUUACCAACAACUACACAGCUUUACAGACGCAUCUUGUGGCAGUAAUGCAUCAACAGCAGCAAAACCAAGCCGCAGCUGAUCAAACCUCACAGGAUCGUGAUCAGAAUGAAGAAAAGUCUGAAGAGAAGAGACAUGAGAUUGGAUCAUCAGGAGCAACAGUACCAAGGCAGUUUCUGAAUUUGGGUCCAAGGGAAGAAACAAAGACUGAGAAUGAGGUUUCGAAUUCUUCAUCCGAAGCCAGAACUCGAUCAGAUUCACCUCAGAACAAUGUUAGUGCUAAUGGCAAAAGGGUUGGUAGGGAAGAGAGUCCUGAAUCUGAAACACAAGGAUGGGUGCCUAACAAGGUCGCCAAGCCCGAUUCCCCACCUAAGCCUAUUGAUCAGGCCACUGAGGCCACCAUGAGAAAAGCUCGCGUCUCAGUUCGAGCCCGAUCAGAAGCACCUAUGAUCACUGAUGGCUGUCAAUGGCGAAAGUACGGACAAAAGAUGGCCAAAGGAAACCCAUGUCCUCGUGCUUAUUAUCGAUGUACCAUGGCCGUAGGUUGUCCAGUUCGCAAACAGGUACAACGUUGCGCUGAUGACAGAACCAUAUUGAUCACAACUUACGAAGGCAACCACAACCACCCGCUGCCCCCAGCGGCGAUGGCCAUGGCGUCCACCACCACGGCAGCGGCUAGCAUGUUACUUUCGGGGUCCAUGUCAAGUGCCGACGGCAUAAUGAACCCGAACAAUUUGCUAGCGCGUGCCAUUCUUCCAUGCUCAUCAAGUGUAGCAACAAUCUCAGCCUCAGCUCCAUUCCCUACUGUCACAUUAGACCUCACCACCAGUCCACCGUUACAGUUCCAAAGACCGCAACAAGGCCAGUUCCAGAUGCCUUUCCCAGGACAGCCCCAGAACUUUGGAUCAUCUGGCUCAAGCCCUCAACUGCCCCAAGCAUUCGGACAAGCCCUAUACAACCAGUCUAAAUUUUCCGGGCUUCAACUCUCCCAGGAACUAUUAGCGCACCAAGCACAACAACAACAACAGCAAAGCCAAACAUCCUCAUUUGCUGACACAGUGAGUGCUGCCACUGCUGCCAUCACCGCUGAUCCGACCUUCACUGCCGCCCUAGCCGCUGCUAUCACCUCCAUUAUCGGCGGAUCGUCUCAUCCCAACAACAACAACAACAAUUCCACAACCUCAAACAACAGCAAUGGCGCCAACAACAACAAUAAAAUCAACAGCUUCCCGGGAAAGUAAAUUAGAACUAGCGAGGGAUUUGUUUGUUCUUUGUUUCUUUUUGUUCAAAGUACGUACGUGUCAGUCAGGUUCUUUGGGGGAUCGGAGAAGGAGUUAACAUGUUGAUACCGUUUGUUCUUUCUUGUGGGGAGGUUUAGAUCGAUCACCACACCUCCAUUUUUUCUUAUUUCGUUUUGUUUUGAAUAAUUUGAUUCAAAUUUUUCAGUAAAUACACACACAGAAAGAGAAGAAUUAGCUUACAUAAC